AGGCACAUGUGGCCUGUCUUACCGCACGCUGUUUCUCAUGGCCUGUCUGUUCACCCUCGUUUCGCUGGGCAUCUCGAUCUGGUCACUUGCCAGGUUCAGCGCUGCCGACUGGACGACCUGGUGCUCUGUCACCAGCGCUGUGCUCUCUCUGGGAUUCCUCCACAUGAUCCGCGAAGGGCCGCAAGUCACGACCGCAAGUCGCACCACCACCCAGGUGGUCGAUCCCCACACUACAAUCGCCGAUCCUUCCAUGGUCGAAAUCCCUCUUAAUGACGUUGUCACGGAGCAGGUUGGCAAGCAGGUCGACAGUGUCGCAGCCAAGGCUCUUUCCAGUGGUGUUGGCGCCGGUGUCAAGGUUCACAAGGCGGCCCAGAGCACCAACAGCUCGGUCUAUGACAAGGUUGCCAUCGGUGCUGCUGUUGCUUCGGUCGUCGCAAUCUCGGUCUUCAACAGUGCAGUCACCACCGCCGUCUCGUCCAGCAGGGUUUAUACCGCGACCAACAGCCUCGGAGGCUGUGCCUUCUUGCAAGGGUACUCCAAGUCGAGCGACAUGACCAUCUCGCCUUCGUGCUGCAGCGCCGUGUCUCAGUACUCGUCCCAAUGGGGCGCUUGCUACAACUCCAUCACCAACUGGGGCACUCAGCAGAUCCCGCCAGCUCAGUUGCAGGCCACGCGAACCUGCCUCAAUCAGGCCAUGAGCACUUUCUCGGCCCAUCGCAACCCAACCCUCCAACAGGCUCUCUACUACGACGGACAGUUCCUCGUGUGCAUCGGAAAGCAAAUCAGUUCGUCCUGUCUGUCCAUGGGCCAGAAUCUGGUCUCCAAGUGCUCUUGAUCCGACGAAAAUCGAGGCUCCACAUUGGUAUCGGCAGCUGUCCGCAUCACGCUGAGGUGGGUGGGUUGGGGCGAUGCAAAAUGUUCGUCCGUCAUCGUGGAUGCUGUCCCGAUGUUCCCAAAUAGCAAAUAUAUGAAUCGUACGAG